AUGUCAAGAUAUAAGGAAAUUCAAUCUAAGUCUAAACCUGUAUCAAUUGCAACAACAAAUACCAAUGUAACAAGUUAUGAUCAUCAACAGGUAUCAUCAACUCCCCCACCAAUUGACACAAAACAAUCAAGUACAGAUGUAAAGGAAAGCCUAAGACCAAAAUCCAAAAUACAAGCCUAUUCGCGACAACAACUGGCUCAUUAUGCUAUAACCAAAAAGGACAUAAAACUACUCACAAAGAAGGAAGAUGAACUUAAACAUCAAAAACAAGAAGUUGAAACAGAUGAAAAUCAUAACUUUAAAGAAAUUGAAUUUUUAAAUCAAUUAUAUUUAAAAACUAAUUCCACUACAAUAUCCAAAGAAUUGAAUAAUAAGAUACCCAAUAUAACCUCGAAUACUAAUCUAAAUUGGUCAAUUCAUAUUUUUCUUUCUACUAUAAUGGUGAAAUUUAUCAAUUCUUGGUAUUUGACUAAAUUAAACACUAACGAAUUUGAAUUUAUUGAGAAAUUAUAUAAUGAAGUUAUAAUUGUUUUUGCUAAGGAUUUAAAUCUGAGGAUUUGCAAGAUUUUUGAAAAUGAAGAUAAAAUAUUAACUUUUGUUGAUAAUUUGAUACAUAUAUUAAAUGAACAUUUAAACGAAUUUGUUGAUAAAGAUUUGAGAAAGUAUCCUAAUAAGGUGAUAAAUGAUUAUUAUUAUGAAUCAAAAAGCUGUAAUAGUCUAGCUUAUGAACCCAAUUUAAAACCAAGCGAAAUACUAAAUCAAUAUUUAGCUCAAAAACAUAUAAUUUUUGAUCCGAGUAAUGAAGAAACACAACUUCUGUAUUUUAGAAUCAUGGUAAAAAAGAUUUUACAAACUACAUUCAAAGAUCCAAAUAAUAUCAUAUUUAACUCAAAAAUUUCAAGUGAUUUAGUUAUACUUAUAAUAAGUGAUUUAAUACUCAACAAGUUAUUUGAAAGAUUAUCAUCAGAAGAAUUUUUUAUUGGUAAUUUUGAUAAAGUUAUCAGUAAUUUACUAUUAACGAUCAAGUCCAAAAAGAAAGUAAAAGAAGAAAAAUUAUCCAUGCUAAGCAAAUUAAAUCGAAUAAUCAAUAGCACAGCUUUGGGAAUAAGUUAUUUGACCAAAUAUCGAGAUCAUUCAUUUGACUUUUUAAAAUCUUCAAUUUUCAAUUUGUUGAAUAAUUUAUUCUUCAUAGACGUAUACAAGCCAAUGAUAUAUGGAUUGUUUUAUUCUACAAAUAGUUUGAUUUUGAUGUUUGCUGGCUUACAUAAUUUGAUGAAUACUUUGAUCUUGAAUUUUAUUUUCUAUCAAAUCAAAAAAUUGCAAUUUGAAGAAAAGUUGAGUGGAUUGAUUGAUGAUUUGAGGGUGCAAUUAUUUUAUGAAAAUAAAACUGAAUUGAAACAAGAAGAACAAACCGAAAUGCUUAGGUUAAAAGAAUUAUCUGAUAAAGUGAAAGAAUUGCUUCAAAGUAUACCUAUAGUUACCAAAUUAUACAGUAAUGAGGAACAUUUAACAAAUACUUUUAAUCUGAUUUUAAUAAUAUUUACUAAAGACGAAGAAAUUGAUCCAAGAAAUAAAAUGAACAAGUAUUUGGUUAUCAAAUUGUUGGAUUAUAUAGUUCAUUCUUUAUAUACUGAAAUAUAA